UGAAGCGUAGGCGAACCAGGAUGGCGGCCGUCGUGGAGAAUGUUGUCAAACUGCUGGGGGAGCAGUACUAUAGAGAUGCCAUGGAACAGUGCCAUAACUACAACGCCCGUCUGUGUGCGGAGCGCAGCGUCAGGAUGCCCUUCCUCGACUCCCAGACAGGAGUUGCCCAGAGCAACUGCUACAUCUGGAUGGAGAAGAGACACAGAGGACCAGGACUGGCUCCAGGACAGCUGUAUACUUACCCUGCCCGGCGAUGGAGGAAGAAGCGCAGGGCCCAUCCACCGGAAGACCCCCGGCUGGCCUUCCCCACCCUUAAGUCAGAGCUGGACCUGGGCCUGAAGAAAGACGCCCUCACAUCCUCCGACGGCAGCAGUUUGGAGGCGCUUCUGAAGGCCGAGCCCCUGGACAAGCGCGCAGCACUCGAGCUCCGGGCACCAGAGGACGACCCUAGCGGGUCGGAGUACAGUACCGGGAGCCUUAAUACUGCCACACGCGUACGGAAGAGAAUCCUGGAGCCUGAUGACUUCCUGGAUGACCUGGAUGAUGAAGACUAUGAGGAGGAUACUCCCAAGAGACGUGGCAAAGGGAAAGGAAAGGGUCGUGGGGUCAGCAGCGCCCGGAAGAAGUUGGAUGCCGCGGCUGCACUUGAAGACCGAGACAAGCCCUAUGCCUGCGAUAACACUUUCAAACAAAAGCAUAUUUCAAAACCUUCUGAACGAGUCUGUGGGAAGCGCUAUAAGAACCGGCCAGGUCUGAGCUACCACUACGCCCACUCUCAUCUGGCGGACGAGGAGGGGGAGAAGGAGGAAGAGGCCGACCUUCGCACAGCAACCCCGCCCCAACCAGAGGAGCCCAAGGCACCUAAGAAGGGGCCUGACGGUCUGGCCCUGCCCAACAACUACUGUGACUUCUGCCUGGGCGACUCCAACAUGAACCAGAAAACAGGCCAGUCAGAGGAGCUGGUCUCCUGCUCUGACUGUGGACGCUCGGGUCAUCCCUCGUGUCUGCAGUUCACGCCUGUAAUGAUGGCGGCAGUGAAAACGUAUCGCUGGCAGUGCAUUGAGUGCAAGUGCUGCAAUAUCUGCGGCACAUCAGAAAAUGAUGACCAGCUGCUGUUCUGUGAUGACUGUGACAGAGGCUACCACAUGUAUUGUCUCACCCCGCCCAUGUCAGAACCUCCAGAAGGGAGCUGGAGCUGUCACUUGUGUCUGGACCUGUUGAAAGAAAAAGCCUCCAUAUACCAGAACCAGAAUGCUCCGCCAUCGUGAUGGCUCCCCCCUGCAACAGCAACCCAAGUGUUUUGGUUCCCCCUCACUUCCAAUAACAAAGCCCUCCUUGGCCUGAUUGGGAGAGAAACUUGGCAGGGAGCUGUUCAGAUGAGAGGGGGGUGAAAAGGGAAGUGUACUUCACCCCAAGACCCCACCCCACCCAGCCCACAGACAGAAUGAAAGAGGGAAAGAGAGGGAGGAAGUGAUAUAUGGAGAAAGAGAGAGAAAGUUUCCCCUUCCUCCCUUUCUCCUUUUCCCUCUUUCUACACAGGCAGGUUUGAUCUCAGUAUGACUGUUACACAGUUCAAAGUUCAAACUACCCACCGCUUUUUGUUUUCAACUAUUAGCCUUUAGCAAUAUCAGACAUACACAAAGACUUGUUGAUUGAAUACUCAGUAACUCAAAUACCUGACUGCACUAUAUUACUCCCUAGGAUAUAUUCUGCUUGCAGUAUCCUCUAACAACCACAGGUGGGGGUGUUACCUGCGUCAGGAGCCCAUAGGGUUCUAGCGGGUACACCAACCUGGAACCUUGUUUCACUGCAUCAGCGAAGACAAGUAGACACAAAACUGUAGCACUCAUUCGCCAAAAAGCCAGAACCCACGCAGGAGUCAGAAACCGCUUUAAACCGCUUUGGGGUUCCUGAGGUUCCACCUCUGGAGGACCGGUUGUGAUGUGGACUGAUAUCAUGAGUUUUAACUGGUUUUGGGAGUCUGAUCUAUUCUGUUCACUCUCGAAGCCUUGAUCAGUAACUGAUUGAAAUUACUUUUUUUUUUCCUGAAUACUAGGGAUUCUCUGGUGUGCAUUGUGUGUCCUCAAGAUCUGUGUAAUGUUAUUGGCCAAAAAUGGCUUGUUUUUGUUUUUUCGAAUCCUAGGCUGCUAUUUCUCCUCUUUCUGUUUUCUGCAGCUAGAAGGUUGAUGAUGUUCUUGAUAUUGAUGGUGUGGUUCAGGCCCUCCAGAGUGGAAUCUCUGGCCCCGUCUCUCUGAAAUCUUUCUGCCAUUUGCACAUAGAAAACGUCAAUAGUUGAAACCAAUCAGCAUGCCAAUGCUUGUCCUUAAUAAGACAAAUGGUUAACAUGUUUUUAUUUGUAUAUUUAUAUAUUUGUAUAGCAUAUAAAAGCUUUGAUGUAUUUUAAAAAAAGAAAAACAACAACAAUCUGAAAUGGUAGAAAUGGUUGAUUAUUCUAACUAUGUCUGUGUGAGUUUAUCUGUAUGGAGAGUAGCAUUAUACACCAGAAAGAACCCAGUUCAGUGAAGCACUGACACUCCCAUAGGUCCAAACGUUUACAGUGAGAAAGCAUGGACAAAGUGGACUGUAGUGAGGUAGACGGCCACUGAGAAGAGAUUCCCUCCAUGUUCCCGUCACACUGAGGGAGCCGCUGAAUUGGGCUUGUUAAGGUUAAAUUCAAUCAGGAAGUGGUCAGCUGCCAUUGAGUCAUAGUGAGAAGCCUGCCGUGUUUGCCGUGAAUGUAAAUUUAAUUUCCCCUUUAUUACCUCAUAAACUACAAAGUACUGAAUUGGACAACAUACUUUCAGAGACUCUGAGUAAACUGGCUAAAGCUAAAGGGAGGCAUCACAACAAGUAAAUUGGCUGUUUUGCGUGUGUGUGUGUGUGUGCGCGUGUGCGUGUGUGUGUAGAUUCCCAAAUGCCACCUUGUGGCUUUCCUUUGUAGUGUGACAAGGAAAGGCAAUGAUCAUAAACUGGCCCAAAACUUGUCUCCUGUAAUGCAGGAUGAUGUGUGACUAUAGCAGUAACGUUGAACGCGUCUGAAUUUGAAAACGGUUACUUGCCCCAAAUUGCUGUCUGACUGCUUAAUUUUUGCGAGCUGUCUAGGAGAAUGUGACAAUAUCUGAUAAUACGUUAUGAUCUGGUGCGCAGUUUAAUGUGUAAGUUAGGUCAACCUGUUUUGAAAGGUAGAUGUCUUGGGGUGGGUGGGGGAAAGGGCUCUGAGCACUUGCCUGGAUGUACUGUAACUUAAUUAGCAGGAAUUUUCACUGACAUGUUGGUGUAAAGGUUAGGGCGAGUUCAAUUUAAGAGGGGUAUGAGCUGAAGAGGAUUUGGCUAUUUAUGUAUCGACACAUAUAAUAACCGUUUAGAAUUGUGGACUUUGAGACUUGUCUUUAACACUGCUAAAAAUCAUUCUCAAUCAUUAUCAUCCAGUCUUGCAGUAAGAUCACUCCUCUCACCAUGGUGGUGCACCUUUUGAUUGAACAUUAGCAGUUAUCUGGUCAGGAUGUCCAUUAGGAGAACCUCUGUCCCGUCCAUAGUUUGGUUUGUGAGUGGUCUGUUUACGCAGCUUCGCCAGUAGAGGGCCAUCACAGCCUUGGUGUCCAGCCUAUGGCAGACUUGACUUUAUGUGUAGCUGUGUAGCAUUGAACUGGAUCACGAGGCUGGAGAAAGAGUAGAUUGGCUUAGAGCCCCAUUCUAAUCCCUUUCUAGUCCGCCCUGGAGGCUUUCUUGUCUUUUGGAUGAAAUUACUCACUGUGGAUUGAAUAAAUUGUCAUUUUAAAAUUGAGGUGAUUUUGGAGGGGGAAAACUGAUUUGAUCACAGAUCAAACCAUAAUGUCAACAGCAAAAGCCUGUAGUUAUUUUAAGUUAAAUAAUAUUUCAUGGGAGAUCAAACACGCAUCCUUAAACUAGUUACUCAGCAUAUUUUUAUAAAAAUGUAUUUGGUCUGGUACAUUUACAGUUUAGAAAGAACAUUAUCCAAGUUGAUUUUUUUUUACAUUUAUUUAUCUCCCAGAAUCUCUCUAACCACUAUUCACACAGUUGUCUGGAUUUCUUGGCCAGGUUUUAAAUACAGUAAUAAAGAAAGACAAGUACUAGCAUUAGUACUAGAGCAACACAGAGAGUGUUAACAUCCAUCAGUGUGCAGAGUCCUCCAGCUCCACUGCAGUCGCCCAGAGUUUGCACAACUCUGAACCUUUGAUGGGACAUAUAUGGUAGAUAGUGGCCGGAUGUGUGUCAGAAUCAGCAAAGGUCCUGGAUUAGUUAUGUAGAUUCAUAACCACAAGUACAAUCCACAUUUGCAUUUUAAGGUAUAGUCACUGCAGGGGUAACUGAGGUAUUGGUGCAUUGUGUAAUAUAAUUUAGCUUAACUGUCAUGUUAUAUCAAUAGCCAACUAACCAUAUUAAAGCAUUAAAAACAUGUAUGCAUUGGUUUUGUUUCUUAUUUGUAUUUGUUUUUAGAAGCAGUGGCCAUGGAUAUACAUCUGAUUGUUUAUUUGAGCUUUUUUCCCCAUCUAUUUACUAGGUUGGUGUUAAACAUUUUUAGGGUGUGUUUGGUUUUCUUUAUGGAAUGUUUUGUUUUUAUGGUACAUUUUUUUCAAAGAAUAUUCAAAUAAAUUCUUGGCACUGA